AUGGCUGCCGUCUCAUAUUCCGUCCGACCUCUGCUCCGACUGCGAGCUGCCCGAUCAUGCCUACCCCGUCGAUGCGCGAGCUCUGCGGCUGCAACUGCCCGGAGCAGUUUCAAGCAAACCAAUACCGUUCCUCAACCACCCGUAUCAAAGACGAGUUUGCAUAAACCUCAAGUACCUCCGCAGUCCCUCAAAGCCCAGAGAUCCAGCAUACCCGCACUCGAUGCAACAGGAUCGCGGCUGAGCGAUCUUCCUCCUGAGCUCGCCAGGAAGCAGUGGUGCGCCCAUAAGCUGUAUGACUCUGGGCAAACAGCCAUCUACAGGCCACCGUCGCACUUUGGGAUAUAUGUGGCUUCAUGGCUCAUGGGUGGCAGCGCUGUGACGAUUGCGGGCUUUCUCGCGUAUGCAAAUCUGUGGGCAUGGGAAGGCGAUACUGGUCUGCACUGGAUCGUGCCGACCGCGCACCGUUGUGGCAUCAUUGUCUUCUCAGCCAUCGGCUGGCUUAUCAUCAUGCGGUCAUUACGGAUCAUCAAGUCCAUUGAUCUGGUCUCUGUGGAUGGGAUGGUCAAGAUGGCGGUGCAAGUGCGCCGGCCUAUACCUUUUCUACGGCCGAAAGAAUACUUGAUCGCCCCCUACCACUUUCAGAUGGAUCAGAAGUUUGUGACGCAGAUGGAAUAUCCAGAAUUUAUGACGGACGAUGAAGAAAUGCCGGACUCGGAAACACCCUCUUCACGGUCACUGCUGUCAAGGCUCGGCCGGUCAAUCAGCCAAGCAGUUUAUUAUCCAUUCGCCUCAACGCGGAGGCUGAUGACUUUAGAGGGCUUCAUGUGGGUCAGUUUCGAAGGGGCCAGCGGCAAAAUGAAGCUGGAUACACAAGGUUUAUUUUCAAAUGGGGCAAAGGAUCUUAUUGAAAUGGGGACUAUUCAACGGUGA